AUGGACUCCAACAGUAACCGGCCGGACUCUUUUGAGUCCGACGAGACCUAUGUUCUCGUAACAGGCACAAACAGCGCCAAAAAGAGUGCCGAAACCCUCUCCCUCCUCCAAGCACACCUUAAUAACUCUGCUGCCAAAUACGCAACGCCCAAGAACCGCGUGACGCUCAAACCGGAAAAUGUUGACCUAGCCAAUUUACUGUCGGUGCGUGCCUUGUCACGUCGGUUGCGGGCCUCACUCCCGAAGCUGGAUGCCGUCAUUCUGAAUGCUGGCACUGCUGGGUUCACCGGCGUCAAUUUCUUCAAGGCGUUAUAUCUUACCUUGACAGACCUCGUGAACGCAGUCACAUACCCGUCGGCAUUUACACUCACCUGUUCAGGGGUUCUCGUCAAAAAACAAACCUCGCAGCCCGAUGAGCCUCCGCUGGGAGACAUCUUUUGCUCGAAUGUGUUUGGACACUACAUGCUCAAUCAUGCAUUGAUGCCCCUUCUUUCCGCCUCUGAAACCUCUCCGGGUCGCAUCAUCUGGAUAUCCAGCAUCGAAGCAACAAGCAAACAUUUCGAUCUCUCAGACUUCCAAGCGCUCAAUACCCGAUCCGCCUACCAGGCUUCUAAGCACCUUACGGACGUCCUCGCUCUGACCUCAGAGCACCCCAGCUCGUCGCCGUGGGUUGACACCUUCUUAUCCGCGUCGAAAACUACCACUGCUACGAAACUACAGCAGAAUGGAACCGCACACCACGCCCCUACCAGCUCACGCCCAAAACCGAGCAUUUACGUCGCCCACCCAGGCGUCUGUGGCACGGCCAUCAUGCCCCUCGUUUUCCCCCUCUUCUACGCCAUGAUCGCUGUAUUCUGGCUCGCCCGCAUGUUCGGGUCGCCCUGGCACACUAUCUCAACCUACAGUGGCGCCUACGCGCCCGUCUGGCUAGCGCUCUCGCCCAAGCCUGUCUUGGAUGCGGCUGAGGAUGUCUAUGCGCGUCUAGGUGGUGGGAAACCAAAAUGGGGAUCAUCCUGUGACAGACUGGGUCGGAUAAGCGCCGUGUGUACGGAGGUGGAUGGUUGGGGUUAUGGCGGUGUGGUUGGUCCUGCUGUGUUGGAGGAGGACAAGAGGCGGAGGAGGAAGGCGGGGGCAAAAGAUUUGACGGCUGAGGAGAAGAUGGAGUUUGAGGAGUUGGGGAGGAGAUGUUGGCGGGAGAUGGAGGAGUUGAGGGUGCGGUGGGAGAAGCUAUUGGAGAAGGAGGAGGAGGAAAUGGGGAUAGUGGUUGUCGACUGGCGUCAGAGCGGUCCGUUGCUACCAAUCACGCUUCCAUGCUUUGUUGCUCCUACCUACCCGUCCUACGUUGUUUAA